AUGGCGGGCUACAAAUUCCCUGUCGACCUCUCGCAGUUCAAAAAGCUCAAGCUCGACCCCAAGAACCCGAAGCUGUCGGCUGAGCAGAAGGCCGACCUGUUGCACAAUAUCAACAUCUUCAGGGAUGCAAUUAUCGCAUUCACCGCUACUGGAGCUGCGCGCGGUGUCGCUGGCCACACUGGCGGUCCCUUCGACACUGCUCCGGAGGUCUGCAUACUGCUCGCCUUCAUCAAUGCCAACCCUAGUGGAUUCUACGACGCCCUAUUUGACGAGGCCGGCCACCGCGUCGCGACGCAGUAUCUGCUCUCUGCCCUCGACGGCAAGAUUUCACCAGACCACCUGUUGAACUACCGGGAUGCUAACUCCAAGCUCCCCGGCCACCCUGAGCUUGGUCUGACCCCGGGCGUCAAGUUCAGCUCCGGUCGUCUAGGCCACAUGUGGGGAAUGGUCAACGGAAUUGCAAUGGCCAACAGGGACAAAGCCGUCUUUAUGCUGGGCUCGGAUGGAUCCCAGCAGGAAGGAAACGACGCCGAGGCUGCGCGCAUUGCGGUGGCCAAGAACCUGAACGUGAAACUCUUCGUCGACAACAACGACGUCACAAUUGCCGGCCACCCGUCGCAGUACCUGAAGGGCUACGAUGUUGCUCGCACGCUGGACGGCCAUGGCCUGAAGGUCGUUCGCGCCCAGGGAGAGGAUGUAGAUGCGCUCUAUGGUGCAAUGUGCGAAGUUGUGAACUACAAUGGCCCCGCUGCGGUUGUGGUUGACCGCAAGAUGGCCCCGGGCAUUGAGGACAUCGAAGGCGAGACCCACGCCCACGACGUCAUUCCUGUCGCCACUGCCCGCAAGUACCUGACCAAGCGUGGGUACAGCGAAGCACAGCUCGCUUUCUACGAUGAGAUCAAGGCCAGAUCGAACUCGCACCAAUACUUGGGGUCGACUAAGGACAAAGGCGCGAACCGGGUCAUUUUCGGUGAAGCCGUGAACUCCGUGCUCGAUGGCCUGAGCAAGGAAGAGGCGGCCCGUCGGGUGAUGGUCAUUGACUCGGAUCUUGCAGGCUCCACCGGCUUGAAGGCUAUUGCAUCGAACCACCCCGAGGUAUUCGUUGCGUCGGGCGUCAUGGAGCGCGGCAACUUCUCUGCUGCUGCCGGCUUUGGGUUCGGCAGCAAUGGCGAGCGCCAGGGUGUUUUCUCGACUUUCUCCGCUUUCCUGGAGAUGUGUAUCUCUGAGAUCACCAUGGCUCGACUGAAUGACUGCACCGUGCUCUCUCAUUUCUCCCACAGCGGCGUGGAUGAGAUGGCUGAUAACACCUGCCAUUUCGGUCUGAACCACUUUUUCGCCGACAAUGGUCUGAUGGAUGCCGAGAGCACGGCUCUGUACUUCCCCGCCGACGGCGAGCAGAUGAAGAAAGUCGUAAGCAAGGUCUUCUUCAACACGGGCAUGCGUUUCAUCUUCUCCACUCGUGCCAAGGUUCCCUAUAUCUUGAAGGAGGGCACCGAGGAGAAACUAUUCGGCGAUGGCUACGACUUCGUCCCAGGCAAGGAAGAGUUCAUCCGCCGCGGCUCGGCGGGAUACAUCGUCUCGUACGGGGACAUGGUCUACCGCUCGUUGGAUGCAGUCGAGCGUCUCCGACAGCAGGGCAUCGAUGUGGGUCUUAUCAACAAGCCCACUCUCAACCUCGUCGAUGAGGAAGCUAUUCAGAUCUAUGGUUCUACGGGCUUCGUUCUCGUUGUCGAGUCCAUCGCUCAGAAGACCGGUCUUGGAUCUCGUCUCGGUACCCACCUUCUCGAGCGCGGUCUCACCCCUAAGUUCAAGACUAUGGGCGCCAUCAAGGAGGGCUGCGGUGGCUUGUUCGAGCAGGUCAAUGCCCAGGGCCUGGGUCCUGAUGAUAUUGUUGCAGCCGUCAAGGAAGUUGCUCAGAAGUAA